GCUGGCAGCUGCGCCCGUCGCUAGUGUCUCAUCUCGGACACCUCAUUUCAUCCAGGCUUUGUUUCCUCACUGCUAGCGAGCUGCCAGAUUCCGGCUAGAGGGAGGGGUCCGUUGACAAAACCUGGAUCAUGUUACAUUUGCUGCAACCCAUACACCCACUUGCUCGGAAAGAAAAGGCUUGUUUUCUCUUAGCUCUUUGGAUGUCGGUGCUUAAUUCUGUCAAUGGAGUGCAUUGAUCACAUUGUGCCUUUGCUGCAUUAGUUAGACUGAGCUUGCAUACGCGACAGCUUGCCCAGUUCAGGGACAUGCCGAACCGGAUUACCUAGAACGAUCGACGCUGCGCCUCCUCAGCUAAGGAUUUCGUCCAAUGUUAUCGUGUCUUGAUAUUCCCUCACUCGUGCCCUGCAUAUCGAGUCAGACCGUGCACGAGGAACCAAGACAGUUCCAAGACUCCCCACGAUUCCUUCGCGUCAUAGCUCAAGGAUUACUCGUUUAAGCGUAACCAGCUUGCUUAUUGGCAUCGAGGCAGUGCACAUGGUGACCAACCACAUGCCCUAGAAUGGCCAAUCGUGUACGCAUGAAACACCAAGUUGGUGAUAUCUCAACCACAGUAUUGGUACACUCCCAGGGCUAAUCUAAUAUCAUGGCACUGAGGAGGGCGGACGCUAAACGGCCUCCACAUCCCUCUCGUUUAUCGACACCGGUUUUUAAGUUCCCUACGCCUCUUGAUUCAGGCCCUGUGGAGAAAAGGGAUCGAGAAAAGAGAAAAGUCACUAAUCCUGCUUUGAACGUGGAAUUAAAGGCGGAGCUGAGCUAUGAUCUGAGGAUUGUACCUUUGUUAUGGACUCACUUAUACGAAAUACUUCAGCCAGCCUUUACGAGUCGCUUAACGUGAGCUGUCCUGGAAAUGAUGAGCGAUUAUUCUGUUAUCCACAUGCCAAAACAAAUAUCAGGGCUCGCAUUCUCCCAGCUUCUCCUGCCGUUUUACCAUUCUUUUCUACUCUGUUACUGCCUCUGACAUCUCAUCCCUUCUCACUUGGUUACCUGUCCUCUCACCUUCAACAUGAUUGAAGACGAGAAAAAGGACGCCGCUCUUUUCGGUGAGCGCAUUCACUGGAACGAUGACGAUGAAGCCGUUCGGGUUUCGCGUCAUGGUGAACGGCGCUCUCGUAGGCGGUCUCGCUCUCGCUCAAGGGAUUCGUUGAGUAUUCAUAGAGCGGGCUCGAGAAAUCGCGCUGACCCGUCGCUUGUUCUUCCUGUCACCUACCGCACAGUGUCAUUCAAUAUCGAGGAGUCAAAGGGGAAAGAACAAGCUGAACUAGCCAAGGCAAGGGACGUUACGACAAAAGCUUUGACGGACCUCGAGUGGCAUACCAUCGCCCCCUUCGACGUCGAGAAACGACUCACUACUUCAUCCACCGCUGGCCUUUCGACCGAACAAGCUGAGAGGAGACAGCGCGAAUAUGGCAGAAAUGCACCAUCUCCCGCCAAAACCCACUGGUUCAGAACAAUCUUCCUAUACUUCUUUGGCGGUUUCGGAAGUAUUCUGCUUACGGGUUGUAUUCUCGUCUUUGUCUCGUGGAAGCCAUUGGGUGAUCCUCCUGCUGUUGCCAACCUGGCACUCGCCAUUGUACUCCUCGCCGUUUUCUUCAUCCAAGCACUCUUCAAUAUGUUUCAAGACUGGUCUACCUCACGUACCAUGUCCUCAAUCAAGAAUAUGCUUCCUGAAGAAGGCCAUGUUAUUCGCGAUGGUCAUCUCGUUGACCUCAAUGCUGCGGACAUUGUCCCAGGCGAUGUCAUCAGGGUCAAGGCUGGUAACAAGCUCCCCGCUGAUAUUCGCUUGAUCGAGGCUUCCUCCGACGUCAAGUUUGAUCGUUCAGUCCUUACAGGAGAGUCUAAACCUGUGGCGGGUACUGUGGAUCAUACUGAUACCAACUACCUUGAGACGCAUAACAUUGGCCUGCAAGGUACACACUGUAUACUCGGUUCGUGUACUGGUAUUGUAGUUGCUACUGGUGACAGGACAGUGUUUGGACGUAUCGCGAGUUUGACGAACGAGCCCAAGGUCCAGAUGACGACGCUUGAGAAGGAAGUACUCUACUUUGUCAUCAUCAUUGCCAGUAUCAUGAUAAGUAUGAUCGCUGUUGUCUGCAUCAUUUGGGGCGCGUUCCUGAAAAAGAAGCAUCCCGACUUCAUCAACGUGCCAACCCUCAUCGUCAACUGUGUCAGCGUCGCCAUCGCUUUCAUCCCCGAAGGUCUUCCCAUCUCCAUCACCGCUGGUCUCACCAUCACCGCCAAUUUGAUGAAGAAGAACAAGAUUCUUUGCAAGUCCCUCAAGACUGUCGAGACACUUGGGUCCGUUUCGGUCGUCUGCUCUGACAAGACUGGCACUCUUACCACUGCCAAGAUGGCGGUCUCUGACUGCGCAGUCGGAGGACUCAACAUGACCAUCGAGAACGCUCGCGGCAAGUUUGGCCAGUCCAAAUCUGCUACCCACCCGAUCAUCCAGCUUCGUGCUUUGGCUGCUCUUUGCAACGCAUCUGAGUUUGAUGCCGCUACAAAGGACGCUCCGCUGACUGAUAGGAGGAUCUUUGGUGAUGCGACUGAUCAAGCUGUCCUCCGAUUCGCCGAAUUUGUUGAUCCCAGCAGUGUUGAUUACUUGCGUGCUUGCUGGAACAAGAUCUAUGACCUUGCUUUCAACAGUAAGAACAAGUUCAUGAUUCGUUGCUUUUCCUGCGCCAGGAACGAGGCUGUAGCUGCUACGCUUAGCAAAGAGACCGCGUUCAACACCGACGAUAUCCUCCUGACCAUCAAGGGUGCUCCUGAUGUUCUUAUCGGUCGCUGCUCGCACUAUGUCUCUGAGCAUGGCGAAACUAUCCCUCUUAAUGCGGCUAUGCGGGCUACGGUGGAGCAGUUGAAGAACAUCUACUCUUCACAAGGUAAACGAUGUUUGUUGCUUGCUCGCAAGAUCGUCAAGGGCAGUGAACUUCCCAAGAAUAGGGAGACGAGUGAGUUUGAGCACGCAGUUACACGGGAGUCAAACACUGGCCUUACGUUGGUUGGAAUGGUUGCUAUUGUCGAUCCCCUCAGGCACGACAUUCCUCAUGUUGUCAGCACGCUGCGCGGCGCUGGUAUCCGAAUCGCCAUGGUCACUGGUGAUUUUGCCCUCACUGCCCUAGCCAUCGCCCGCGAAGCCGGUAUCGUUACCUCCCAAACUGUCGAUGACAGCACAGCCCUCCAGCGCUACAGCCCCGACGAUACCAAAGAUUCACCUAUCUCCCACCUCGGUGCCAUCGUCCUCAGCGGUCCAGAGCUCAUGUCUCUCAAUGAACAUCAGUGGAAGACACUCACUCACUAUGAGGAGAUCGUAUUUGCACGGACAACGCCGGAACAGAAGCUUCGAAUCGUUCGUGAGUUCCAGAAAGGCAAUGUUGUGGCCAUGACGGGCGAUGGAGUCAAUGAUGCUCCAUCACUUAGGGCUGCUGAUGUUGGUAUCUCGAUGGGUAGUGGCUCGGAUAUUGCUAUGGAGGCGGCGGAUAUGGUUCUGCUGGAUACUUUCUCAUCUAUCAUUAUUGCUGUGCAGUAUGGUCGGGUUGUGUUUGACAAUCUCAAGAAGGUCAUCUCAUACCUCUUGCCUGCCGGCUCUUUCUCAGAGUUCUGGCCCGUCAUGGCUUUUGUAGCCUUUGGCCUGCCCCAAGCUCUGUCUUCAUUCCUUAUGAUCAUCAUCUGCUGCUUCACCGACUGCGCCGCCGCGACAAUGCUAUCCUACGAAAAGCCCGAAGCCGAUGUCCUAACUCGUCCCCCUCGCAACAUCAAGAAGGACCGCCUAGUCAACUGGCAGCUCAUCCUUCAGGCAUACGGAGUCAACGGUGUCCUCCAAACAGUCGCCUCCUUCGCCAUGGCAUUCUGGUAUCUCCAGCGUCAGGGCAUCCCCUUCAGUGAGCUGUGGUUCAGCUUCGGAAAGCUUCCUGCUGGUAUUGAUCCAGAUUACUACCUGGCCAAGACCAACGAGGCUUCGUCUAUCUACUUUGUCAACCUUGUUGUGAUGCAGUGGUUCAAUCUGAUGGCGACUAGAACUCGUCGACUCAGUAUCUUUCAGCAUCCGCCACUGUUCAACCCGAACACGCAGAACUGGUACCUGUUCCCUGCUAUCAUCUUUUCGCUUGCUAUGGCUAUCUUCUGGCUGUACAUCCCGCCUCUGCAGCCUGUUCUGGGAACGACGCCUGUCCCUGUUGAACACUGGUUUCUUCCUUUUGCUUUUGGUAUUUUACAGCUUUUGUUAGAUGAAGGUCGCAAGUUUUGUGUCCGGAGAUGGCCUCAUGGAAUAUUAGCCAAGUUGGCUUGGUAAGAGAUGUGUCGCCUUUGGCCUGUUCCUGGCCUCAGCGCGGGCACUCUAGAUUAGGGCUGUUACUCUUUGGGUACGACCUUAGAUAGACACACAAGUAGCGCAUAUGUAUUCGUUAUUCCUAACUGUGAUGUAUUCACGUGACAGUUUCUGAG